AUAAGCAAGAGAAAACUCACCACCCAAAAUCUGACGAGACUUUUCCUUAUCAUUGCCGAACCCAGUCAUUCAUUCAAAUUUUAAAAUCAGUUUCAAAUUCUCCCCCACGAAUGCAAUUUCGCAGCUUGUAUAAAUAAAUAUCUAUAUAUCGUUUAAAACGGAAAUAUAGUGAAUGGUGGUGAGGAGAGAUGGAUUUCUGGCCGGAGUUUCUUGCGAGCAGUUGGGGGAAAGAGUUUGUGGCCGGAGGGUUCGGCGGAACGGCCGGAAUCAUUGCCGGAUAUCCCCUUGACACGCUCAGAAUCCGGCAGCAGCAAUCCGGAGCGGGCUCUGCCUUCAGCAUUCUCCGUCAGGCUGUCGGCUCCGAUGGUCUCCGGCAUCUGUACAGGGGAAUGGCUGCUCCCCUUGCAUCCGUCACCUUCCAGAAUGCGAUGGUGUUCCAAAUAUAUGCAGUACUAUCGAGGGCAUUUGAUAAUGACAUUCCAGCCAGCAGUCCGCCCUCAUACAAAGGAGUUGCAUUCGGCGGAGUCGGAACAGGAGCCAUUCAGAGCCUAAUCCUCAGCCCUGUUGAGCUGGUGAAAAUCCGCCUACAGUUGCAGAAGAAAACAAACACUCCAACGCUCACUCAUAAAGGUCCAGUAGAUGUUGCAAAGAAAAUAUUCAGGAAAGAAGGCUGGAAAGGAAUAUACCGCGGAUUAACUGUCACAGUUCUAAGAGAUGCACCUGCUCAUGGCUGGUAUUUCUGCACGUACGAAUACAUGAGGGAGAAGCUCCACCCCGGUUGCAGAAUGAACGGUCAAGAAACAUUCAAGACCAUGCUUGUUGCAGGAGGGGUUGCGGGAGUUGUGAGCUGGAUAAGCUGUUAUCCGCUUGACGUGGUCAAAACCAGGCUCCAGGCCCAAUCAGAGCCACUAAGAUACAAUGGCAUUGUGGAUUGCUUCAGGAAGAUCGUGAAACAAGAGGGGCACAUGGUGCUCUGGCGGGGCCUGGGAACUGCCGUCACCAGAGCAUUCAUAGUGAAUGGUGCUGUAUUUACAGCCUAUGAAACUGCUCUAAGAUGCAUCUCUAACAACAACAACAACACUCAUCCAAAAAUCUACGCAAACAACACAGUGGAUUAGAUUUGCCGCAAUGUUUGUUGUGCAUUAUGAUUAGAUCUGUAUUAGGCGUAGAGGGAAGAAGAGUUUUGUAAGUAGAAGUUCUUUAACACAUUCUUCAUUGCUUGCUAGACAUUAGAGCUUGACAACUAUUGAUAUGUAAUAAUGGGCCAGAAUUGGAAACUGGUAUUCCCAGAUUGGAUUUCACCCACGCCA